AUGAUGAGAUCCCUCCUCUGGUCCAGUCUCCCGAGGCAGGGCAUUCCAUCCUCUCCCCCGACACAUUCGCAACACGCCAGCAGCAAACCAGUCUCUUCCGACGACCCUGCUUCCUCUUCGCCUCGGAGCACCAGCCUCAGCAGCACCAGGAGCUCCAAAAAGCAUGCACACGCGACCCACGCCGACAGCAGCGUCACCGUCACCGUCAAGCCCGUCCGCUGUGCGUCCUCGUCGACCCUCGGCUCCAGCUCCCUCUCUCCCUCGCCCUCGCCCUCCGUAUCUUCCUCGCUCGCCUCCUCCGAGUUCGAUGUCGCCAUGGUCAAGCGCGGCAGAGCCAAGCGAGCGUCCGACAGUUUAUCUCCGUCGAGUCCCCCCAGCACCACCACCAGCCUGUGCCGGCCGACGACCCCUACGAGUCCCGUCCAGAUCCCCAAGCACGCCAACCGCGACUCGGCACAUACCGUGAAGCGCCCUGCCGCGACGCAUCACCGCCGCAGGCAUCCGCGCCAUCAUGCCCACGACCCCGAAUCAUUAUCGCCAUCCCUCGCCGCACUGCUCGCCGUCACCGACAUCCCGCGGCAGACACGCCGGCGGCGGAAGAGUGACAAGCCCUUGACCGUCGACGAGAUCGUCGGCGACCAACAUGUCUCGGAGAAGGAGCUCAGCCUGACCUUGAGCCGCGGGCCCAUGGACGUGCUCCUCUCGCCACCUGACGACCUGGCCGACGACGACGCCAGUCUGACCGAGAGCAACGUCGGUUCCGCCCUCGCCAGGACCACGUCCAUCGACUCCAUCCCCUCACUCGGCGACUCCUUUGUCACGGACAUGCUCUCGUCGGUCGAUACGCCCCGCAGUCAGUGCUCGCAGAAGCGACGUCUCAGCCCCAUGCGCAAGAGCCUCGAGCCCGUGCGCUCGCCCCCAGACGCCACCGAGGAACACCCGCUCGCCGGCGACGCGUUGGACCUCGAGGAAUUGGAUCUACAGGUGCUCGGGGAGUCGGUCGAGGGGGAAUCUACCAAGCUGCAGUUCCUCGAGCCCUUUAAGCCACUGAGGUCCGUCUUCAAAUCGAACCUGACGGCCUCAUUGCGAGCGUUGCGGUCUGCCGCCAAGUCCUUCUCCAGCAUCAACUUCCCCUCGAUCCCGCCCGACGACUUUCUGACGCGGUCCAUACUCACCAUUGACCCCAACGUGCCCUAUGCGGACGAACGCAGACCCCCCGUCACCGAAGAGAUGCCUUCGGCGGAGCUGCGACGGUAUCUGAACCCAACAACGAGCAGCCUCAUCGACCCGCAACCCAAGCCGCGCCGGGCAUUCUCCGCUUCGAUCCAGAUGCAGACUUACAAGGUGCAGCGCUCGCGCUCGCCGCACCCCUCCGUGCGCAGCCCUUACCCCUCGACGUCGCCGCAGUCCGCCAGUACCGGUCAGCAGACGCGCCCCCCGACCCCGGCGCCCGGCAUGCGCCAGCGCGAGAUGCGAGAGAACUCGGACUUUAUCCGCAUCGCCGUCAUGGAGAUGGCGAUGCGUCGGAGCGGGAAGCUCGACAACCAGCGCCCCGGCCGGGCGCGAUGGGCUCUCCCACCGCGACGACCGUCGGCGAAGCCUUACGAAGUUGCAACCAAUGGGGUGCCGGUGCGUUGGACAUCACUCAGCUACGAUUGA